GGACCCCAGCAGGUUUGCUUGCGCAGCUCCGAAUUUCAUCUCCUGAGGUAGACUACAAAACAAAACGAAAAGCAUAAUCCUUCCCUCGCCUCGCCCAAAAAUACUUAACGGCCGGACUCACGGUAAAAUCGUAAGGGUUAGCGAACGUGGCUGGGCAGAUGUAUAACGGUGGUAAGGCGGCUAAAGCCAGUUCCCUCGUCCCUCAGCGAGGGGACAUCUCUGCCUUGAACAGCGUUGCUGUCUACGCGCAGAGGCGGCUCAGGUCUCUCCAACAGCCGUAAGAGGUACGAGCGAAAAGCACCCCGAGUGCCUUACUGAUGUGAAAGAGAAGCGAUCCUCGAAACCACGCCCGGUGCCGGCGAGCCUGUUGCUAGGCCGGCACCGCCCCUCCUUCUCCCUGUUCCCAUUGCCGGACCUGGCCCCGCUGCUGUAGAUGAGACUUCCCCGGCGCGUUUGGAAGAUGAGCUGAUAUAAUCAACUUUGUCUAUGGACCGUCAUUGGAAAAUACUGGAUGGAAACCAGUGUGUGCUGAAUCUGGAUCAGUGAUUUGACAAUGGUCAAGUGCCAGUCUUCCAAUGUUCUUACAGACAGACUUGCAUACAGAACUGCUUAUGUAAAAAUGCAUCUAGUUGAGAAUGAACACCAGAGGAGUGCUGUGGUAGACAUGGGCUUCCUGUCAUGUUGGCUUCCUGUUUAAAAAACAGUAGGCUGGCAAUUUUAAAGGGACAGCGACAAAGUGAUGACCAGGUGCCAAGUGCCAGCUGUUCUUAUUCACCAGAUUGAACAAGAAUUGGAUAAAGAAGAAGAAGAGAUGAUGGUUUUCCUGUGCCGAGAUCUUGCUCCUGACUUGGCCACUGCUGACCUUAGAGACCUCUUGGUGGCUUUGAAUGAGAGGGAGAAAUUGUCUUUUCUUGGCUUGUCUGAGCUGUUGUACAGAGUUAAGAGGUUUGACUUGCUGAGGAGGAUCUUGAAGACUGAGAAAGCAACAGUGGAAGCUAAUCUUGCGAGGAGUCUCACACUUGUCCCUGAUUACAGGGUACUAAUGGUAGAGAUUAAUGAGAAUCUGGAAAAAGAAGAAGUGAGUUCUCUUGUUUUUCUACUCAGAGAUUACGCACCUCGUAUGAAAAUGGCAAAAGAUAAGAGUUUUCUAGCUCUUGUGAUUGACCUGGAGAAACUAAAUUUGGUGGCUCCCAAUCAACUGGAUUUGAUAGAAAAUUGUUUUCGGAGUAUUCACAGGAUAGACUUGAUUAGGAAGAUUCAGAAGUACAAACAUGAAGCUUUAAUGUCCUCCGUUCAUUCUCAGCCAGUAUAUGUAAAUGCACUUCAGGCAUCUCUCCCUAAUCUCAGUCUGAUUGAUCCUCCUUAUAAUUCAGGGAUCCAGAAUAUGAACAAAGAAAAAACACAAAAUGGACAAAGUCUUAUUCACGCAGAACCAGUCCACAUGUCCAUUGAGGAGUCGGGACCAGUGUCACAUAAGGUGUUUGAUGAUGAGUACAGAAUGCAAAGUCAACCUUUAGGAAUAUGCCUGAUAAUUGACUGUAUUGGCAAUGACACAGAUGUGUUGGAAGAGGCCUUCAGAGGCUUAGGCUAUGACGUUCAUUGUCACAGAUAUUUAAAUAUGAACACCAUGAAUCAAACGCUGCUUGAAGUUGCAAGGUUGCAGAAGCACAGAAAUUGUGACAGCUUCAUUUGCAUAUUGGUCAGCCGUGGAAGUCCUCAGAGCAUCUUCUGUACAGACCAUACCUUUUCUGGAUUCCCUUUGGAACAAAUAAAGAAAUACUUUACAGCAGACUCAUGUCCUGAACUCCUAGGAAAACCAAAGCUUUUUUUUAUUCAAAGUUACAUUGUGCCAGAAAAUGAGCAAGAAUGUACUAGUCUGUUGGAAGUAGAUGGGAAUGAUGAGAAAGUCAUUGCUAACCCAAAAAUCCCUUGGAAAGUCACUAUCCCCCAAGUAGCAGACAUCUUUUGGAGUCAGUGCAAAGUGGAUGUGUCUACACUAGAAAAAUCUCCAAGUUCAUCCUCGUAUUAUCUGCGUUGUCUGGCUGAGCUACUCCGCAAUCCUCAUAAAAGGAAACUUUCUAUAUUAGAUAUCCAUACGGAACUCAACAGAAAAGUCUAUGAGUGGAAUAAGACCACUGACCCAAGUCAACAAUACUCACUUCUGCUCCGGCACACACUGAGGAAGAAACUUUUUCUUUCUCCCACGUAACUGCUGUUGGAAAGAACACGUCUGAAGUGGCUAAUGAGAAACGCUAUGAUCCAGACAGUUUCACGCAUACUUUUACUUUAUGCAUUGUUAUUGCAUGUAUAUCUAAAGUGCCUAUUGCUUCCAAACCUAGGGAUUUAGAAGCAUUUUGGUGUUAAGGCACUAGAUUUUAUAUUUUAAUACAGAAGUUUCUGAAAGCUUGCAUGAGAAUGGCAGCUAUCGUAUAGCACCACAACAGAUCUUACAACCAAGUACAACAGGUAAACAGGGUGGAAAGAGCUCUAAACUGUGUAGCUGUUGGGUUUUCCAGAGUUUUGCUGUUUUAUUGGUUGUUUUUUAGCAUACCUAUUAGUAGUGCAGUGAUCUAGGUUCUUCUGUUGAUGCUUAAAACAAAUAUAAGCCAGUGCAAACGACUGAAAUUCACUGGGUGUUUUCCCCAGUACCUAAUAAUGGAAAAUGUGUCAGGAAAGAAUGCCUACCGAGCAAUGCCGGUUCUUCAUUAACAAGUUCUGGCUUGCGUGCCUCCACAGACUAGCAAAACAGAAGGAGGAGAGAGAUGGUCUUUUACGUUAUUUGGAUACCACCUGCCUGCUGCAUUAGAGGUUGUGAUUCACCCAGAAGCCUGUGUUGUCAGUACUGUACACAGCACAGGAGGGUUAUAUGUUAAUAAAUAAGACAAUCUGCUGUGUUUUGGGCUAACUGUUUUCCGCUGAUGCAAAAAUGAGUCUACAUGUGGCAGGGCUUUACAGUAAUCUACCACACAGUUAAAAAAAUGUGGGAUAUUGGCAGAUGUUUUGUGGAAGCUGAAACAUGGUUCACACUUGUUGCACCAGGCAUAGUUGUAAAAGUACACUUCAUGAUAUUUGAACCCGAAUGUCGUGUAGGAGGCACUGGCUCUUGAGACUGGAUUAAAUUAAACACCCCACCCUCACUGCUUUUGCUUAUGAAAAAUGAUACGUCUUUAUUAAUUGAAUUUUUUUUUUUCCAAGGGUUGCCCUUGUUCUUCUGAAAAAGACGUGAGUGAAAAUUGUCCUAAAUACAGAAAUUUUUCUCCAGUGGGGCAGAUGCCUAACAUGAAGAGUUCAGUUAACCUGCUUAUUAUAUAACAGUAUAACCAGGAUGAGUUGUACUGAAAUUUUUUGUCACUGAAUUUAUGGCAUUCUCUUUCCUCCUAAAGUAGGCCACUUGCAAACUUUCAAUGCUCUUAAUACAGUUCUCCUGUCCAGGAAAAAAAUUCAAGGCCUUGGCGUGCCUUGCUUGGUUUCUGGUGUAGUUACACCAUACUCCUUCUGGCAUGUGUUUCAUGCAAGCAGAAAGGAAAGGGUUUUUUUCAAAUACAGGGUAUGCUAGUUCCUUGAGCAAAUGUACUGAAAAAACAUUUUUUGCUAGUGUAGCUGCAUUUGAUUUGAGCAAAAAGCAGGUGUGCUUGCAUAUAUAACUUCAUCAACAAUGCUUUUCAUUGUAGACCAAGUCUAAUAGCCUAUUGAUACUAUACAUUGUAUACUGUAAGUAUACAUUAGUAUAUUGAAUAUAAUUAGCAGGGCUCGGCCGGUAACUUACUCUGGUAGCAGUGACUUUUUUUUGUUCCUCAAUAUUAUGUUGUACUUCUUAGGUGUUGGCUUAACAUCAUUUUUAUUAACUCUUUUUUGAAACCAGGCUUCUUAAGUUUCAUUCAGAAAAAACCAAAUUAGUUUUCAAGUAGCUUUUAUAAUUGAAAGUAAAAAUCACUUUUAUUUGGCAAAGAGUAGAUAGUGAAGUCUAAAAAGUGCUCAGGAGUCCUUCCUUGUUAUGUGAUGUAGACCCAUCUCUUCCUGGCUUAAGAGGUUCCUGAACUGCUGAUUCAUGAGGAUUGUUAAGAGUAUACCAAGAGGAGAAACCCACUGAACAAGUUUUACCUUAUAGUCUUUAUCCAGAUAAAAUGUUAAUAUGAAAAUAGGUAUUUAUUUACAUUAAUGUACCAUUUUGUAUAAUAUAUAAAGUACA